AUGGAGCGAGAUCGGCUUACAGCCCUAUCUAUGGAUGAUCUGCGACAAGAGGCCCUACGUCAUCAACUGCCAGCAACAGCUGAUCGAGAGGUGUUGAUCGAAGCGAUCUCGGCACAUUUGUCCCUCGAUAGUCCGACGGACGAAAUGAUGCCUUCUGCAUCAGGUUCCCGCACUACCACCGGGAAGAUACGCAAAGGAAGUGGCAGUGCAGAUCGGCGAGGCAGCAACAACAGAGAUCUUUAUCCCCAGGGGACCUUCCCCAGAGCAGGAGGAAGUGGAGCAGAUUCGUUCUCCAGCAGUCAGUACAUCAUCGCCGGCACAAGCGGUGACCUUGUUAGCACCGCAAAUUUUCGGAGCGGCACGGACGAGGAAAACGUCCAUAUUUGGUCACAAAGAGUCGACAGAGUGGCUCAAGUGCAUCAUGCGUCGGAAGACGUCGUGCUCCUCGCAGCCUCUAGUAAAUUGACGAAACUCGCAAAGCAGUGGUACGAGAUGCAAUCCGGCCACGUCUUAGAGUCGUGGUACGAACUAAAGCAAGCAAUGAUAAAGAUGUUUGAUCGUCGUGUCUCGUUUACGGCCGCGAUGCAAAAAAUUGAGGCUCGAAAAUGGAAUCCGGCUAAAGAAUCAUUUGACCAAUAUUCAAUUGACAAGCUAACAUUAAUUCAUCGUUUGGAUCUCCCUAGUACAGAUGCGAUCAACUUGAUAAUCGGUGGCAUUCCGCAACAUUCACUUCGUGCAACGGCUUUGGCGUUAACCACGCAGUCUGUAGAUAAAUUCUUGGAAGCAAUGAGGAGGAUCACCUACGGUAUGGGCGACAUGAGAGAAAAAAACCAUCAUCAGAGUAAAGCCAUUAAGAAGGACUACAAAGCAGCUGACGGGAAGACACAGGGCCACAAGGACAGGCCGACCAAGGGAGCAUGCAAUUAUUGCAAAAAGGAAGGUCAUUGGAAAUCGGACUGUCCACUGCUGAAGAAGAAAGAGCGGACAGUAGCAACGGCCUCAUCCUCCUCCCCGGCACCGGAAAAGACAUCAUCUUCCACGCAGCCGACGGCAGCGGCGGUCGAGGAUAACAACAGGGAUAAGUUUUACCUCUCUGGACCGUUAAUAAUAAUUGACAAAAUCAAUAAUAUAGAUUGUAAUUUGAGCGCGCUAAUGGACACAGGAAGUCCAGUCUCAUUUGUUAGUUUGAGUAAUUUUCAGAAAUUUUUCAAUUGUACGCAAACCGCGUUAGAACCAGUCGAUCGGAAAUUUAACGCUUUGCCGAAAAAUCCGAUUAACGUCCAGGGGAAAAUUAAUUCCGUGAUUAGCUUUAAAUCAUUCCCCGAUCGUACUUACGAAGUCUGUCUUCACGUAGUUGAUUCAGAUUUUUCUGAAAUGGAUUUAAUAAUCGGACGUGAUUUCCUAGAGAACUACAAUUUAACAUUAAUUUUCCGACCGACUAGGUCCGAUUCCACUGCAUUUACGCAACUCCUUUUACAAUCGGAUGUUUGUUAUACUGAAAUGAAUGCGGAAUCUUUGUUAGAUGAGUGUGAAAUAGAUUUCGGGCUAGCGGAAAAACAACAGCUCAAAGAAGUGGUCUUAGAUUGUUUAAAUACCGAGGUUAAGGUAAUCGACGAUGACUAUUACGUAUCGGUUAAUUUGAAAGACCAUUCAACGUACGCAUUCGCACCUAGAAAAUUUGCGCUAGAGGAGCGAAAACAGAUUCGGGCGAUUACCGAUGAUUUAUUGGAACGCGGCAUUAUCAGGAACAGCACGUCUCCGUACUGCGCAAGAAUUGUUCCCGUGCGGAAGAAAAAUGGCAACCUGCGACUAUGCGUAGAUUUACGCCCACUGAAUGCGCGCAUUCUUAAACAAAAAUAUCCUUUUCCUCUGAUCGAGGAUUGUCUGGCGCAAUUGAGCGAUCGAGCGGUUUUUACAUUGCUCGAUUUAAAAGACGGGUUUCACCAAAUCAAAGUCAAACCUCAGCAUACGAAGUACUUUUCGUUCGCGACGCCCGAUGGGCAAUUUGAAUAUGUACGAUUACCCUUCGGUUUUUCGGAAGCACCCGCUGAAUUCAAAAACGCGUCGUCCAAGUUCUGCAACCGCUCAUACGACAAGAUAAAGUUCUAG